AGUUUAAACUACAGACCGCGGAGUGGAUAGCAAACAGAGCUAACCACAGCCCUGCGAGACUCUUCGAUGGAUUUUGUUUUAAAUAUAGUAUCUGGUGUAUAAAAAAUACCAAAAGUACGGUCGGGGUUGGGGAGAAGAUGGAGUCGUCCAUAGCUGAGAAGCAGGAGAAAGUGGGACCGGUGGAGGUGGAAGACAUCAGGAGAAAUCUGCUGAGGGAAUUUGAUGCUUUACCAACGCAGUCACAGACGGAGAACCUGCAGGUGUACCUGAGAGUUCGUCCUUUUACUGCAGCUGAAAGUGAUAAUGGAAAGUCACAGGACUGUGUGACCAUAGAAGGCCCAGACACUGUGAUCCUCAGACCUCCCAAGAGCAGUCAGUCAAAUCGACAGAGUGACAAAUCCCUCCCACAAACGGCACAAAGAUUUACCUUCACACAGGUGUUCAGCCCCGAGGCCAGUCAGAGGAAGGUGUUUGAGGGUUCUGUUCGUAGUUUGGUCCAAGAUGUUCUGCAGGGAGGCAACUGUCUGGUGUUUACCUAUGGAGUUACUAAUGCUGGGAAAACCUUUACGUUCCUCGGUCCUGACCACGAUUCAGGGCUGCUCCCCAGGUCUCUGUCAAUCAUCUUUAACAGCAUCGAGGGGAAUUUGUACAGCUGCUGUGAUUUGAAGCCUCAGCGAUGCAGAGAUUUCUCUAGACUGACCCCAGAUCAGCAGGCAGCUGAGGCCAUCUCCAAGAGGAACCUUUUUAGGCUCUUCAAAGAGAGUGAGAAGAUUCUGCCAGCUGGAAGGUCAACUUUCCUUGAAGGCUCAUCUCUCAGCAGCGACAGCAGUGUGAACAGUGUUUCUGAGGCCGACAGUUUCUGUCUGGAUGUUAAAUCAAACGUUCGCUUCUCUGUUUGGGUCUCAUUCUGUGAGAUUUACAACGAGAGCAUCCAUGAUCUACUGGAACAGGUUCCCGGCGGGCAACAGAAGAGAACGGUUCUGCGUCUUUCUCAGGACGUCAAAGGGAACUCCUUCAUCAGAGACCUGCGUUGGGUUCAGGUGAACAGCUCAGAGGAAGCCUACAGAGUCAUGAAGACUGGGAAGAAGAACCAGAGUUGCUUCUCUACCAAACUAAAUCAGCUGUCAAGCAGAAGCCACAGCAUCUUCUCCAUCAGGAUCCUCAGAAUCGAUGCCACUGGCGUUCCCAGAGUUCUCGGAAUCAGCGAACUGGCUCUUUGUGAUCUGGCCGGCUCAGAGCGCUGCUCUCGGACUCACAACACCGGGGACAGGCUGAAGGAGGCAGGAAACAUCAACACCUCUCUGCUGACUCUUGGGAAGUGCAUCAAUGCCAUGAGACUCAACCAGAAUGCCAAGUUCCAGCAUCAUGUUCCAUUCAGAGAGUCCAAACUCACCCACUUCCUGCAGUUCUUCUUCUGUGGCGCUGGCCGCGUCGCCAUGGUGGUCAACAUAAAUCAGCACUCCUACUGUUUUGACGAGACUCUCAAUGUCCUCAAGUUUUCUGCUCUGGCACAAAAGGUGGUGUUGAUGAACUCACAACCAACUGUCCUGAAUGAAGAGGAAGGCCCACUGAAGUCAGCCAUGGAGUUGUCCAUUGUCAUGGACAAGUCCGACCAACUUAGAAAUGUGUUGGGGCGAGGUAGAAAGAGCUCUCUGAUUGCCUGGGAGACUAGCCUGGAGGACGUGAAGGAGGCUGAGGAUGAUGAGGAGGAAGAAGAGGAGGAGGAGGAGAGUUUGAUGGAGGGAACUGUGCUGGAGAAUGGAGGUGAUGAGGAGGCUGAGGAUCAGACCAUGGAGGAGGAAGAGGGGUCGGACCGAGAGGCCGCACUGCGUUUGGUUCUGGAGGCUCAGAUCAGAGAAGAAGUCAGUGCUGAGUUCAUGGAGCUCUUCAAGAAGAUGGAGAAAGACUACAGUGAGCGUCUGGAGAAGGAAAGGGAGAUCUUGGAGAAGCGGGCUGACAGGAGGGUGGAGAUCCUAAAAAACCUCGUUGAUAAGACCGUCGACCUGCCUGCUUUCAACACCGAUGAUGGCCAGGAGAAAACUGCUUUGGAGGGAAUCCUCAGCUCGCUGUCUAAAGAUUUGAUGCAGAUCAGAGAGGAUGCUCAGAGUGUUCAGAACUGUUUGGCUGAGCAAACACACACUGCAGACUUGGAAAUGCUGCGGUUGGAGAAGCUGCAGCUACAGGACCAGCUGCAGGAAGCCUCUAGGACUCUGGAGCAGCAGCAGCACAUGUUAUCAGAAUUUGCCAACAGCUGUCAGCAGAAGGAUGAAGUGAUCAGUAAACUCCAGGAGGCCGUGGAGAGAGCCACUAGAGAUAGCGCAUCAUUCGGUAGCUGUGGGAGUAGGACCAGCGGGGAGGAGGAGAGGAGAAAACGCAAGAGAGAUGAUGCAGAGGAGGAGGAGGAAGGAGGAGCAGCCAAGAGAAUGGUUCUGGAGGAGGAGAUCUGGAGACUGCAUGAAGAAAAUGACAAGAAGGAGGAGACUAUCAGUGAGCUGAGGAGGGAGCUGGAGGAGAAACAAGGGAGAUGGGAGGAGGAGGUAGAGGAGCUGAAAAAGGAAAAUAGUUCAUUGGACGAGAAAGUCCAGAUACUGACAGAUCUGGAUGAGUGUGUGACCUGUAACUCGGUGCUUUCAUCUCUGGAGAUGGAGCAGAAGGAAACAGCCAGGCUUCAGAAGGAGAACAAAGCUCUGGUCAAUGGGAUCUUUCUGCUACAGACAGAGGUGGCUGCUCUGCAGACGGAGCUCAAACAGCAGACCAAUAAGUCUGACAGCCUAUCAGAGCAAUUCGACUCAGCAAAGUCCCGCCUCCAGAAUCUAGAGAACCAGUUGGAGGAGAAGACCGAUUCUAUCAAGAGGCUGACAGAAGAAGUUGAUUGUCUGCGACAGGAAGUCAAGGAGGAGGAAGGGCGGAGCAGGAGCAACAGCAGUGCUUUCCACACCGCCAUGGAGGAGCUGAAGAAGGAGAGCAAAGCAGCACUGCAGCGGUCUGCUCAAAAGUCCGAACAGAUCGAAGAGCUGCAGAGAGAGAAGCAGCAUCUGGAGGAGAUGCUGGAACACAGCAAGAACAGGUGCCAGGAGCUGUCCAAUCAAACCACAGAAUUAACUCACCAUCUGCAGAACCUGAGGGUGGAGUAUGAGUCAGAAGGUGGAGCUCUACGUCAAAGACUGGAGGAGAUGGGUAGAGCAGAAGAGAGGAGGCAAGAGCAGGAGAAAGAGGUGUCAGAGCUGCGUCUUUUAAUAUCGGAGAGAGAAACACUCCUGGAGGACAGUCAACAACUCACAGAGACUCUGAGACAAGAGCUUCAGCAUCUAAAGGAGAACCUGCAAAGGAGUGAGGAGGAGGGGGAAGAGGAGGAGGAGAAGGAGAACCUGGGAGUGAAAGAGAAGAGGGACAAACGGCUUUGCAGGAUGGGGGAUGAUAGAGAGGCUCAUCUUCAGGGGGAGUUGCAAGAUGUUUGUGCUUCACCUCUGAGAUCUGGCGGGACUGGCAGGAAGAAGAUUAGCAGAACCUUGGGCAGAAAGAGGAAGAACAGCGAAGGUUUGGUCUUCAAAGAAAACAAGAGCAGCAGAGUUAGAGUAGACACUUGCAGCAACAAACAGGAACAGGAGGGUGGAGCUCCGCUGAAGAUCAAAGAGCUGAUCCAGAACUCUCCUUCUUUUCUGAGAACCAAAGCUAAACCUGUCCCAGCUCCAGUCAGUGAUCAUUCAGUAGAGAAGGAGGCAGUCACCGUGGUAACCAAACCUCGGCGAGGACGUAGGAAGCUGUUCAAGUUGGAUACCUCGUCUCAGCUGGUUGACUCGCCACAUAUGAUGUCUGCAGGUGCAGAGGAUGACAAGGAGAGUGAUCACCUGAUCAUUAGGAGGCAACUACGUUCCAAAACGUGCAAGAAAUGAAAUCAAAGAAAUGGCUCAGGAUUUUUAAACACUUGUUUAUAAAUGUGUUCUUUUGACUUUUUUUUCUAUCUGUUAUUAUUAAAACACUUUAAAUGA